UAAAUGCGCAAAGGAUUAUGGGAAUCUGAGGCCUGGGGAUUGAACGACCGCCCUUUUUUGGAGCAACGAGAGUAGAACAGCAGUACAUACGUCGAGGGAAAUAUUAUCGCCAAACAACUGUCUGAAGCUGUGUAAUCGAACUCGAGAGUGUGAUCAGCUGUACGAUGGCAGCUGAGGUGGACAUUGACCUGGAGACGGAUGAAAGUAAUGAGUUUCCAGCCCAUUACAAAGUCAUGAUGGACAAACUUAAUGAGCAACGACAGCUGGACCAGUUCACUGAUAUUACUUUGAUUGUGGAUGGACACCAGUUCAGAGCCCAUAAAGCAGUGUUGGCGGCAUGCAGUCAGUUUUUCCAUAAGUUCUUCCAGGAUUUUACCCAAGAGCCACUGGUGGAGAUAGAAGGAGUUAGUAACACAGCCUUUCGCCAGCUGAUGGAGUUCACCUAUACAGCCACGCUGGCUAUCUCUGGAGAAGAGGAGGCAUAUGAUGUGUGGAAGGCUGCUGAAUAUCUCCAGAUGCAGGAAGCCAUCAAAGCCCUUAACAACAAGAUAAAUGAGAACUCCUCACUGACAUCAAAAAGAAAAGGUAAAAAGAGGAAAAUUGCUGAGACGUCCAAUGUGAUCACAGAAAGCCUCCCUUCAGUGGAGGGAGAACAGGUCGAGAUUGAAGUUUUAGGGGAAGGGCCAAUUGAAGUGGAGGAGUCUGGACUUGAGGAGGUGGUCGAUGCAGUGAAGAACGCCCAAGCUGCAUCAGAUGACUCUGCUUUAGCUCUUCUUGCUGACAUAACAAGCAAAUAUCAGCAAGGGGAACCGACACUGCAGGUGAUUAAGAAAGGAGACAUAGAAGAGCAGGAGAUCGCAUAUCAGGAGGAAACUGUGACUGCCUCAAAAGUGCUGGAGAACGUUGAAGUUGUUGAGGUCCAGAUUUCCCAAGUGGACAACAUGUUCCGCUGCAACAAAUGUGACCGUAGCUUCAAGCUGUACUAUCACCUCAAACAGCAUUUAAAGACACACCUCGGGUCGUUGGAAAAGCCCCAUGUGUGCAGCCAUUGUGGGAAAGCCUACACAAGGGAAGGCGCAUUGAAGCAACACAUCAGCACAUUUCAUUUUGAUGUUGAGGAGCUGUCUCGAAACCAGAGGCCCCAAAAAAAGGUGCAUGUUUGUGAAUACUGCAAAAAGCACUUUGACCACUUUGGGCACUUCAAGGAGCACCUACGGAAACACACUGGUGAAAAACCUUAUGAGUGCCCAGACUGCCAUGAGCGAUUUGCAAGGAACAGCACUUUGAAGUGCCAUAUGGCAGCCUGUCAGAACGGGGCCGGAGCCAAGAAAGGACGCAAGAAAAUCUAUGAAUGCCAGGUGUGCAGUAGUGUAUUCAACAGCUGGGACCAGUUCAAAGACCAUCUAGUGAGCCACACAGGGGACAAGCCCAACCACUGUACAGUGUGUGACAUGUGGUUCACCCACCCGAAAGACCUGAAGGCCCACCUUAAGGAUGUCCAUUCCAUCAAAGGCAAUAAAUCAACACAGGAAUUAGUUAUCACCGACUCUGCCGCCACCGCCGCCCUCGCCAUAGCAACACAGAACAUAGAGGGAGCAGAAACCGUCCUUCUGGAUGAUGGAAUCCAGGUGGAGCAUGUCACUGUGGAGCCCUUGGAUGUGAUGGAGAUGGAGGAGACUGCAACUGUUGUGGUGGAGGACGGAGGUGUGGCAGAGAUGUGCGAAGAGGACGUAGAAAGGUUAAAGCAGGCGGGAGUGCAGAUCCAGGUGGUGCGUGUGACCACGACAGAAGUUGACGGGCAGCAGGUGGUGAACUCUCAGGUGGAGGUAGAGAUGGAGGGUGAAAUGGUUAACGUUGAGGAAGUGGAACAAUCAGUGGUUGUAUGAUACUGUUAAAGCAGUUGUCUUAAGUGAACCACAGAACACUGUCUCAAAUGUGACUGGCUAUGUUCUUCUCCUCACAGAAAUCUGCAUGUGUGAUGCAGCAUGUCACCUCCAUUUGUCCUGCUGUUUGCCAUCACGCUGACUCGCUCUGUCUCCAUCACAGUCACACUGAACUCUGAUGUACAGAUGGAGAUCAAAGACAUUUCUUGCCAAUUAUCCUGUAUUUAUUUGGAAGCUGUUUCCUCUGAUACCACAUUCUUGACUCCUUAGCACUUAUCAAAACAUUUUUCAUCUGCUUUUUUUCUCCAUUUCCUUAUUUUACCUCAGAAUUACAUUGCAUUUGUUUCAAUUUUGGUCAGUUGCCAUUACAAUUUUACAAUGAAUGAAAUACUCUUUUGCAGUUCAUAUAACACCUGAUGGAUGGUGCUGACCUUGAUCAGUACUAAUGCUACAGUUUUGUUUAAGCUUAUAUUUUCAUAUUGACUUUCGCUGUUGUUUUUUUUUUGUUUUGUUUUGGUUUUUUUUGAAAGACCAAUAUUGAAUAAAAUCAGUUUCCAGAAUGGG